GCUUUACACCAAACAAAAGCCCUCGGAAGUAUCGCGUGUGUAUUUUUAUUCGGAAAGAGAAACCGAAGAUCAAGUUUGAAAAUGUCACCAAACAAAGCGCUCACUGAAGAACGAUAUAAACCACGCGAAUAUACUCGAAUUGAUUAGCUUUGGUGGCUCGAUUCUGUAUUUGUCUGUGUAUGAGAAGAAUCCUGUGAUUUCUGUGUAUUGUGCGGCUGCGGAUGAGAACAUCAGGUUUAAACGAUCUCUGUUUUAUGGAGAAUUAGGUACAUCCGCGUCUGUUUUUCUACUAGCAUUGUUCGCGUGUACUUCCACAACAGGUCUCUGCUGCUCAUUAUCUGACCGGACAGUCACACAGAAAGCUGGUCAUCCAGAAUGACUCUGGCAGUGUUUUUUGGCUGUGCUUUCAUAGCUUUCGGUCCUUCUUUCGCCCUGUUUGUUUUCACCAUCGCCAGAGAGCCUUUAAGAGUCAUCAUUCUGAUCGCAGGGGCGUUUUUCUGGCUGCUGUCUCUGCUCCUGUCCUCUCUGGUGUGGUUCAUCGCUAUAAAGGCCAGUAACUCGCAGGAUCCCAGCCUUCAGAGGGGGCUGCUGAUUUUUGGGGUUUUCUUCUCGGUCUUGCUCCAGGAAGUGUUUCGCUUUGCCUACUACAGACUGCUCAGGAAGGCCAACGAGGGUCUGGCAGCCAUUAGUGACGAUGACAGCUCAGCUAUUUCUGUGCGACAGAUGGCUUACGUGGCUGGGCUGGGCUUUGGGAUCAUGAGUGGAGCGUUCUCGAUGAUCAACGUCCUGUCUGACUCUCUGGGUCCCGGGACGGUGGGCAUCUUUGGAGACUCGCAGUAUUACUUCAUUACAGCAGCGCUGAUGACGCUGGCGCUGACGCUGCUGCACACGUUUUGGGGCGUGGUGUUCUUCGAGGGCUGUGAGAAGAGCCGCUGGUGGGUCAUCGCUGCAGUCGUCUCUCUACACUUGUUAGUCGCUGGCCUGUCGCUGCUGAAUCCUCUGUAUGAAGGCAGUCUGCCUCCUGUGUACGUCAUUACUCUGCCGACGGGCGUCUGGGCCUUCUUCUCAUCUGGAGGAUCACUACACAGCCUCAGUGCUCUCUGCACACGCAGGAAAGCUGAAGGGGAAUCUUCAUAAGACGGUUUUUGUCAUACCUAGUGAGAUGCAGGACAACAGAGCGACCGAGUCUGCAGCGGCGGUUUGUGAAAGAGCACAUUGACCAGCUCAAACCCUGAGGGGAUCCAGACACGCCCCCUCCAGCAUCAGCGAUCUCAACGGGGCCAACGGCCAUGAGGCUGUCACAGAAACACUGUAAAUAGCUUGAUCUGAAUGCAAAUCAAUAAGACAGAUCUCUAAUAUUAUUUUGUUUUAAAAGCAUCAUUGUCCAGCUCUUCUUGUGAAUGUUUGUGGUUUUGUCUUUUAUUUGCUGAUGUCCUGUAUGUUCUGAAUGAAGCCGCUUUAAGGGGACGGGCGAUCAAACAGAGCACCGGUCUACCCUCUUUUCCUCAUGUUAUCAUUAUUAUUACAUGCAUACACGUGUAAAGUCCAGAGCAUUUCCAUUUACUGCCAUUAAAACCCUAAAGAGUUUUCAUAA